UCCAAACUCUCUCUCUCUCUCUCUAAAAAAGCGAAUUUGUGAUUGGAGAAAGGAGAGGCAUGGACGCGUCUGCAACUUUUCUAAUUGAGAGAAAAUCAUCGAUUGAGAAUGAGCCCAGGACGCUUAACAUGGAUCAACUUCAAUUUGCAAGGGAGGCAGCAUUUUAUGUUGCGCAAACCAGAAGUAUUGAAGAGGCUUUAGACAUUUUCACAAAGGGCUUAGAGCCAGUGGUGAGUGGUGUGAAGGACGAAGAGAGUUUUCCCAUGGACUCAACAGAAGAGUACUGUGAUAGCUUUCCAAUAACUCAAUGGGGACUGCAAACAGCUGCUGUCCCAGUGACGAGGGAUAUUGCUUCUGCACCGUUCUGAUCAGAAAAUAUUAGUUAAGAAAGUUCAUCAGCUCCAACAAUAUUUUCAAAAGGAGAUGCAAAAUAUCACAUUGAGGAUUAAAGAUGAAGUUUGAGCUACUGUGGAGAUUUGAGGCGAGAGCUUUGGUGCAAGAGAUGGGAAGAUAAAGGGUUCCAAGUGCUUUUUCUGCGGGUGCUGGCUUUAUGAUGAUUGCUGCAACUAAUGGAUCAAAGAUUAAUUUUGAGCUACUGUGGAGGUUUAUAAAUUAAUUUCCCUUGGUUUGGUCCUAGAAUACAAAACGUUUCAAUAUAUUUCCAACUAAAUGAGCAUUGGACAUGAUUACAUAACAUUUAUUUGAUAUUCCAUUAUGUACAUCUAUGAGAUCGUAUAAUCAUGAAUAGAAUUCAUC